AUGGGUGUGCCUAGGAAUGAGCCGAAAGGCUUCUACGCAAAGGCUGCGAAAGAAGCUAAUCUGACGUCCUGAGCAGGCUGUAGUACGCUAGUACUCAUCGCAUGAUAGCCUAGUUACUAUCAUUUGUUUGGACGUCGAGAGGAGGUCAGUGAAGCUGCGAUACCCUCGUCCUUUGGUCGGUCCAUAUUCUUUGAGGGUCUGGAUGUCUGGAUGUACAGAUGGUAUGACGUGGCGUUGAGCGAACGCGGGUGCCGAACACGACGCGAAUUUUGCUUCUUUUUACAUAAAAGCUUGAUUGGCGAUGAAAAUUUAGUGCCAAGUAUACAGGGCGACUUGGAUUUAACCAUCAACCAGGGUUUGUCUUCCUCGCACGACGCAACCUCACGUAUUUGUUACUCUGCUGUGGACCAUCGUCUCGUACGUGCUUUAUGACCAUCAUUACAGUCAUCGUUGACCUGUAUACAGGUCGAUCAUGCACCCCACCAAUUUACCACCUGGUCGAUGUCAAAGCACAUCCAGUCUUCACGACGAAGCCACCCAAAUUGGUUCUAUGGAUCCCACCGUGGAAUCAUUUCCCGUCCUACAGUCCAAAUUAUCCGACUAUGACACAGAAAUCGACACCAGGCAAAAAGGCUCUAGUUCGUCUGCAACAGCGCCGUGCCGACUUUGCUUGUUCAGUCAACCGCGUCUCGCCCCUCCACCGGCUUCCCACCGAAAUCCUUCAUGAGAUCUUCCUGGACGCGUGUAUGUCGGAUGCGGCCCCCAUGCGCUCGGACCAUCGGGAGAAGCUCCGAUAUGCCUCGGAGACCCCACUCCGCAUAGCAGCAGUUUGUGCUUGCUGGCGUAAUAUCUGCCUCGCCUCCCCCCACCUUUGGACUUUCGUCUUCAUCGAUGCUGAUGAUGCCCAUCUUUCGGCAUCUGUCGAAAGUCUAGCAGUUCUGUAUACAGAGAGAUCCUCUCCCAAACCAUUCAGUUGCAGUAUCUCUGCGAAAUACCAUCGGGGAUACGAGGAGCUGGAGUAUCCCACCAUACCGUACAUAUCGUUGAAGACACUCUUCUCUGGUGACAUGCUUGACUUCAGCAAUUGUCGCCUGUUGACGCUCGAUGUGAUUGUGGGAAAGCUGUCAGAUCUUAGCAUUCCACCGCCUCAAUUCAGCUCGCUUGAAUGUCUCCACUUGAAAGGGUUUUACGAUCAUGAUGACAUCGAUGCGGCCUAUAGCUCGCCGCUGUUUGCCGAUGCGCCACGACUUUCGGAGCUUCGUCUCUUUGACACGAGAUGUAUGAUGGAAUUUGAGCUUCCCUGGACGCAAAUACGCACGCUCUGGCUUCAGUCCUAUGAUACCAUGGGAGAAGCCCUCGAAUUGAUGAAGGAUAUUGUUGACCAUUUUCCCCGUUUGGAGACGCUAGUGCUGUAUGAUAUUAUCGAGUGGCCUCAGGAGGGCACUAUGACAAUGGAAGGUAUUCAAACCUUGCAGAUGCUGUCCCAGAGGGGCUCAGUUAUCUUUCAUGUCCUGAAACUACCUGAUUUACGGUGUUUGGAGAUCGUUGAUGAGGGCCCGAAUGUCGAUGCCAUUAUCCCUUUUCUUGCAAGCUCGCCGAUUCUUACGGAGCUUCGCCUCGACAACCUAACCAUCUGUGACACGGACCUAUUGCGUAUUCUUGAGAAGACACCGGGUCUGAAGAGACUUGUCGUUGUGGAGUAUAACGAGGACCCAGAAUGUUUCGCCAUAACAACUGAGCUGCUCAAGUGCCUGAAGGAGCCAUCUGAGUUCCUUACCAAGUUGGAGCACAUCGAGCUGGUAUGGGCGGAGGAUAAUGAGAUCGAGGAAGGUGAUGUGUUAGAUGUUCUUGAGGCCCGACAUGGCUGCGGUACAUUGACGUCUGCAGUUAUCGGUGUGAGAGGUGGAGAAGAGCUUCAGGAGGAUACGUUAGCCAGGAUACAGAGCCUGCGAGAACGCAAAAUGACGGUGCUCUUGUAUUGAAGUAGCGUGUCACAUGGUACUGGAACACGGCCAAUAAAGCGCGAUCGUGUAGACUGGCUACUACUACUACUACUUUGUUAAUUCCACUGCUUAACAAGCAUACUCGGCGCUACCC